ACAAGUCAACUGUAUAAUUUUUAUCUUUACAAUGGCGACGGUUUUUGUCACUGUCGGCACUACUAAGUUCGAUGAACUAAUAGAAACUGUUACUUCCGACAGUAUCAAGAAGGUACUGUUGGAAAGAGAUUAUGACAGAUUGCUGCUGCAGAUUGGACGAGGAAGCUUUGAACCAGUCAGCAGCAAAGACUCUUCUUUUGUGGUUGAAUCGUACCAGUUCAAGAAUUCUUUGUCAGUUGACUUGCAAGAAGCAAAACUUGUUAUCAGCCAUGCAGGUGCAGGAUGUAUACUAGAGACACUAGAUGUUGGAAAACCUCUCGUUGUUGUUGUGAACGAGAAACUAAUGGACAACCAUCAAUUUGAAUUAGCACGACGACUUCACAAAGACAACCACCUAUUGUACUGCACAUGCAACACUCUUGAAGAUACACUGAGGACAAUGGAUCUCUCAUCCCUGCGCCCGUUCAACCGUGGGCAUCCCGAGAAAUUGGGCUCAUAUCUAGACUCAGUCAUGGGACAUUCCAGCACAGAGUAACAAUCAUUUCUACAAUUAUCAGAAUACUAGUUUAUUACCAAUAAAAAUUUGAAUUUUUGAAAACGAUUUUUAAUGAGCUUUGUUGAUAACAAGUUGCCAACAAAUUAUUAAUAUUUAAUUAAUUAAGUCAGAGGCACGUGACUGUGUGGGUAUCGACAUUGUAGGAAAUUUGUAGCAUCAGUGCUGCAAGUACAAAUUUCUUUGA